GAGCACACGCACACACACGAGUUAGUGAGUGAAGAGAGGAACGAGAGAAGAGCGGCACGGACGGAAUCGACAGCAAACAGGAACGAUGACGGCUGGUAAAAUGGUAAUGACGGAUCUUUUAAAACCCGAAGACAUCAAGAAAGCCCUCGAUGCUUUUGCAGGUGAAACAUUCGACCCUACAAAGUUCUUUGAAAUGUUGGGAAUGAAAGCCAUGACGGCCGAAAACGUCAGGAAGGUCUUCCAGGUUCUGGACGUGGACGGGAGCGGAUUUAUAGAAGAGGAGGAGCUGAAGUUUGUACUGAAGGGCUUUUCCAAAGAGGGCAGAGAUCUGACCGAUGCAGAGACAAGAGCGUUCCUCAUAGCCGCAGACAAAGACGGAGACGGGAAGAUCGGCGCCGACGAGUUCGAAGCCUUGGUGCAUGAGUAGAGGAAGCCAAAACAAGCCUCCCUUCUUCCUUCCCCCUCUUCAUCCUUGCAUUCAUUU